AUGGACAAGGUGAAGCUCAUGGUCGGCAUGGAGCCCUCCGCGGAGCCGGAACUCCUCGACGAGCUCAACAAUUGCUUCGAGCUCACGCGGAUGCAACGCUUGUACGGGUUCUGCAUCACCGUCUUCUGCGGGAUCGUGUGCUCGUUCCUCGCGUCGCUGAUGUGGCUCAACCCUCGAAAGUUCGCGAUCCUGUACACGCUCGGGAACGUCCUCUCGCUCGGGAGCACGGGCUUCCUCACCGGGUUCUGGAAUCAGCUGAAGAACAUGUUCAAGGGCACGCGGUUCGUCGCGACGCUCGUGUAUCUGGGCGCGAUGGUCAUGACGUUGGUGUCCGCGUGUUACUUCCAGUCGUUCGGGAUGACGUUGGUGUUCUUAGGCGUGCAGUGGUGCGCGCUCGUGUGGUACUGCCUGUCGUACAUUCCGUACGGACGGCAGAUGGUCGGCGGGUGCCUGAAGUCGUGCUUCGGAGGCAGCGGGGACAUGUUUUAG